AUGGCCGACGAUAGCAUCAAAUCCUUUCCACCCCUGGUUCUUGAUGUCUUUGGACAGGUACCUGGCUUGAGCAAUCUGUACACACAGCUCGCUUUUAUAUUCUCAUUAGACACCCAAAUCCAACAUGAUCAGAUCAUAGGCAACCUGAGCAGAGGCCUCCAGUAUCUGUCAAUCGCUUUCCCAUGGCUCGCAGGAGAGGUUGUGAAGGACUCCAGUACAGGUGUUUAUUCCAUUGUUCCACGAUAUCCAAAUCCAGAACUUGUAGUUGCUGACCUACAAGGAAACCCCAAUAUGGAUAUUGAUGCCCUUCGAACAGCCAGAUUCCCAUUUUCUCUCCUUCACGAAUCCGCCAUAUGCCCUCGAACGACGCUCCAUUUAUCGACAUCCUCCCCUGAGUCUUCCCCAGUGCUAGUACUACAGGCCACUUUUGUCAAGGGUGGGAUGCUGUUGACCUUUGUGGCGCAACAUAAUGUCAUGGAUAUGACUUCCCAGGCUCAUUUCAUCAGGAUAUUUGACAAAGUAUGCAGAGGCAAAGACAUCGACGAUGGAGAUAUCAAAGGUGGAAGCGUAGACCGAACAUGUGCAAUUCCUCUAUUGGAUGAACAGGUACCAGGGCCUAUUCCAUUCAACCCCUCUCCCGAGGCGUUUACGCCAACGUGUACUUGGGAAUACUUUUCUUUCUCUGGUGAAUCACUUUCCUCCCUGAAAAAGCUUGCACAAUCAACUUUACCUGCGACUCGCGGAUUUGUGUCGACAGACGAUGUGCUUACUGCUUUCGUCUGGCAGCGCAUUACUCAUGCUCGACUUUCUCGCCUCUCCCGCACCACAUCCGUCAGUACUAUCGGCAGGGCAAUAGAUCCCCGUCGCUUCAUUGGCUUAUCCGAGACUUACCCAGGCGUUGUCCAGAAUAUGUCCUACCAUUCAUUUUCCGCAAGCGAGCUUGUGGAUUUACCAUUAGGAGUCGUGGCCUCAGACCUCCGCGGAGGGCUAACGAAGACUGUCAGCCCAUUUUCUUCCGAACUCGACAUAUCACACUCGACGAAAGCAUUUGCGACUCGGAUAGCAUUUGCGCAAGACAAGAGCACAGUUCCGUCCGUGACGUCUUCCCUCGACCUGGCCGGAUACGAUCUAAUGCUAAGUUCAUGGGCUAAUCAGGGAUCAUUACAUGAUCUCACCUUUGGACUCCCGCAGGGCACUCGGUUGGAGGCUAUUCGAAGACCCUCGUUUACGCCUGUCGAGUCUCUUCUAUAUUUUAUGCCACGUGAGACAGAUGGAGAAGUGCUUGUUGGUGCAUGUCUGCGUGUGGAGGAUAUGGAAAGACUGAGGGGCGAUUCUGUGUUUACUAAAUUCGGUGAAUGGAUCGGGUAG